UCGAGCAAAGCCAAGGAGAAGAAGCAGAAGCGCCUGGAGGAGCGAGCGGCCAUGGACGCCGUCUGCGCCAAGGUGGAAGCGGCCAACAAACUCGAAGAUCCCCUCGAAGCUUUCCCAGUUUUCAAGAAGUACGACCGGAACGGCUUGAACGUCGCCAUCGAGUGCAAACGCGUCGCCGGGCUGGAACCCGCCACCCUCGAGUGGGCCUUCGGCCUCACCAAGGCCAACAUGCAGGCGCUGUACGAGCAGAGCGAGUGGGGCUGGAAGGACCGGGAGAAGCGGGAGGAGCUGCUGGACGACCGGGCCUGGUACCUCGUCGCCCGCGAGCCCGGCGUCGGCCCCGUCGCCUUCUCCCACUUCCGCUUCGACGUCGAGUGCGGCGACGAGGUCCUCUACUG